AUGCACCAUGCAGACGCUCGCUCUGGUGCUCUGUACCGCAACGUCCAACGUCGCGACGACCUGAACCUGUCGCUGGCCGCUGGAGCGACGUGGGUCUCCCGAUUCCCUCACGCGGUUGUUGCGAAAUGUGUGGGGGAGGUGGGUGAGGGGCAACAAUCGCUGUCAGGUUGGAUUGUUCUCAGAUCUGUCCACCGUGGUCAGAGUGGAUGCAGCAGGUGUGGACGAGCUGUGGUGGAGACUGAGAAGCGGUGCGGAGCCGUGUCGGGCGCGGUCCCUAUUGGGUGCGCCACGGGGGAGCCUGCAGGCGAUGGCACAACACGGCACUUGCGGUCCAUCACGACUUCUGAGUCAACGGUUGCGAUCGCCUGA